AAAUAAAUGUUACGGACUUUAAUAAUUUAGACACAUUUAAAAUAUAUGUAAAACAGAUAAGCAUCCACUGAUGCCACCUGUCAUGUACUAAUUGCCAAAACCCCACAUUUUUCCACCACUUAAACAUCACUAAAAUAUCUCUCACCUCAAAAGUCUCACCCACCUAUCUUCUUUUUCUUGAGUUUUUUUUAUUUAUUUGCCAAAUUAACUCAACAAGAAUGUCAAGCUCUAAAAAUGGUGUCCAUAUCCUAAUUUUUCCAUUUCCAGCACAAGGUCACAUACUUCCCCUUCUUGAUUUCACUCAUCAACUUCUUCUCCAUGGCUUUAAAAUCACUAUUUUAGUGACACCCAAAAAUGUCCCGAUUCUUGAUCCUCUUCUUUCCACACACCCAUCUGUCGAAAUUCUUGUUUUUCCGUUUCCCGGCCACCCAUCUCUUCCCGCCGGUGUUGAAAACAUUAAGGAUUUUGGAAACUCCGGCAAUGCCCCAAUUGUUUCUGGGCUUAGUAAGCUUCGUGGCCCAAUCUUGGAAUGGUUUAAGGCCCAAUCAAAUCCUCCGGUGGCGAUUGUUUAUGAUUUCUUCUUGGGCUGGACUUUCGAUCUGGCCCAAGAAGUUGGUGUACCCGGAAUUGUAUUUUACAGUUCCGGGGCUUUGUUGGUUUCUGUUCUUUUUGAUAUUUGGAAGAACUUUGAGGCUUAUAGAGGUUUGGGCUAUAUUGAGUUUAAUGGGCUUCCUAAAAGCCCAAGAUUAGUGAGGGAACAUCUUCCUUCAGUGUUUUUGAAGUUUAGAGAGGGUGAUCCAGAUUGGGAGCUUUUUAGAAAUGGGCUUAUUGCAAAUGGUAGGAGUUUUGGGUCAAUUUUCAAUACUUUUGAGGCGUUGGAGAGUGAUUAUUUGGGCUUUUUGAAGAAGGAAAUGGGCCAUGAGCGCGUGUAUUCUAUUGGACCGAUAAAUUUGGUUGGUGGGCCGGGUAGAAUUGGAAAGUCUGAUAAUGAUGCUAAUGAGAGAGUUUUUACUUGGCUUGAUGAGUGUCCUAAUGAGUCUGUUCUUUAUGUAGCUUUUGGAAGUCAAAAGUUACUAACAAAGGCCCAAAUGGAUGCCUUAACUAUUGGGCUUGAGAAAAGUGAAGUGAGGUUCAUUUUGGUAGUUAAACAAUUGACAGCCCAACAAGAGGAACAAGGGUUUGGAUCAGUGCCACAAGGGUUUGAGGAGAGAGUCUCAGGUAAAGGCCUAGUAAUAAAGGGUUGGGCUCCACAAGUGGAUAUAUUGGGCCAUCGAGCCGUUGGUGGAUUUUUAAGUCAUUGUGGAUGGAAUUCUGUGCUGGAAGCGAUAGUGGCGGGAGUACUAAUUUUGGGUUGGCCCAUGGAGGCCGACCAAUUCACAAACGUGUGGUUGUUGGUGGACAGUAUGAAGGCAUCGGUCCGAGUUUGUGAGGGCCCAGACACAGUGCCUGACCCGAUAGAGUUGGGUCGGAUAAUUAAUGAGGCAAUGUGUAAUGAUUUGUUUAAGGAGAGGGCCAAAAAAAUGAGAGAUGAAGCACUUGAAGCUGUUAAAAUUGGAGGGGACUCUACAAGGGAUUUAGAUUCCAUUGUGAGAGAGUUGGCCCAACUAAAAAGUUGAAAAUCAUGCAAAUGGGCCAAACAAUUUUAAGUUGGGCCAACUUUUGAUGAAUUUGGUUGGGCCUAGAUGAGCACUUGAUAUGUAUUCUUCAAUUUUAAUAUAAAAUGUAUUGUAUGCUAAGAUGUGUUGAAGGAAAAUAAAUGUCAUUUCUUUUUAUUA